UCAAAAGUUCAACUCAUGAGAAAAUUGAUAGGCACAUUAACUUGUAAAAUAACUUUUGUAGGACUCCUGUUUAGAUGAAGUUAUUCACUUUUGUAGUCAUUCCACCUCGUUGAGCUAAACUCGUCGGAAUAAAUAAAUAAAUAAAUAGAAGAAAAAUAUGGUCCUAAAAUUACUCAUUGUUGUUAUAUCUUGAAAUAUACCCUUCCUUACAAGUAUAGAUCCACUUAUGAAGGAUAGUUUGGUCUGUUUUUUUUUUUUUGAAAAUAAAAUAUAAACCCAUUAAUAUAAUCAGUCUCCCCAAAUGUCAAAGCGGGUCAUAUUCUUUGCACAUGAAGAAUAAUGCCAUGUAUCAUAUGGCUCAAAGUAGUAGUACCAUGUGAAGUUGUGUGCUAUGAUCUAACCAAAAUAUGCCAUUACAAAAUCAUUAAAAAUUUCAUCUUAUCUUCAAGUGGCAGCAACCGACACAUUGACAAAUCUGAAAACAAAAAAAUAAAAAUAAAAGAACAUUGUGAGUGUGGAUUUCGAUUUAUUCACGGCCCUUCUGAUGGGGAAAGCAUGUGGGUGCAGGAGGUAAGAGUUUAGAGAACAUGGGAAUAAUUGAAUGAGGCUCAGAAAUCUUCAGGUCCCAAUAUACAAUUCAAUUAAAUAAAACAUAUAAGCUCUCUCUACUUGCAGAGUUCACAUGUAAAAUUUUUAGCAUUUUUGAAUCUGGUCCCUUAUUUAUAGAGGAAGUUUUUGUGCUUGGAAAUGUCAAUAGCCAUUGAUAAAACUCCCAACUCUUUCCUCCAUUUGUCUCGGUUUGUUCUCCUUCACUGGGCUAGCAUAAGAUGGCGAAAAUAAUUUCUGUAUUAGCAAUCUUUUCUGGACUCUGCUAUUUUUCCAUCCAUGCCAAUGCAUUUUCACCUUCCGGGUGGACUAAAGCUCAUGCUACCUUUUAUGGUGGCAGUGAUGCUUCAGGAACUAUGGGAGGAGCUUGUGGUUAUGGGAACUUGUUUUCUACCGGGUAUGGAACCAGGACUGCAGCCUUAAGUACUGCAUUGUUCAACGAUGGAGCUUCCUGUGGGCAAUGUUAUAAGAUCAUAUGUGAUUAUAAUGUUGACUCUAAGUGGUGUAAGAAGGGAUUGUCUGUGACAGUCACUGCAACCAACUUCUGCCCUCCAAACUAUGAUCUUCCAAGCAACAAUGGAGGCUGGUGCAACCCUCCUCUCCAGCAUUUUGAUAUGGCUCAACCUGCCUGGGAAAAGAUUGGCAUUUACAAGGGAGGGAUUGUGCCUGUGUUGUUCCAAAGGGUUCCCUGCAAGAAGCAUGGCGGUGUUAGAUUCACAAUCAAUGGAAGGGACUAUUUUGAGCUGGUUUUGAUCAGUAAUGUGGCAGGAGCUGGAUCUAUUCAAUCUGUGUCCAUUAAAGGCUCGAAAACUAACUGGAUGGCAAUGUCAAGAAACUGGGGAUCUAAUUGGCAAUCGAAUGUCUAUCUCAAUGGCCAGCCUCUGUCCUUCAAAGUCACCACUACAGAUGGAGAAACCAGACUGUUCCAAAACAUUGUGUCUUCCAACUGGGCUUUUGGCCAAACCUUCUCCAGCAAUGUACAGUUCUAAGAUGAAAAACAGCUUCAGGGUUUGAGGGUUUUGGGGUUUGGAAGCCCAUAGGCAGAGGCGUGCUUACCAAUUUACUGAAGCAGCCCGCCACUCUUUUUUUGGGUCGUUGAGGUGGUUAGGACAUAACAGUUCUGGUCGGUGGCUGAGAUGGGGAGCAAACUCAAGAACUCGAAGCUACUACUUGUUUGCAUUUUUUAACAAAGACAAGGCAUUAUGCUUGAUCCAUCCUCACAGCUUUCUGUGGGGGGCUGUGUCGAUUUUGCAUUAUUUGUUGUGGGACACCAAUAAGAAGCGCAGUGAAAAUGCCUUCAGCCUGUAGAAAAUUUUAAAUUUACGCAAUAUAUAUAUAUAUAUAUAUAUAUGCUUGUAAUAUUAAUCUUAUUGUGACAGUUUCAUUAAUGGGGA